CGUAAAAUGAAAGUGAAAGUAUCCUUUCAACUGUGAACAACUCGUUGAGGUGCUCGAGAGGCAAGGAGAGAAUUCUACCAAUGAAUAAUCAUGAAUCUAAUCUUAAAGAUACUAGGUUACUUGUAUUUAUGUGCAGUUGUGCAGUGUGUCCAUCAGGUGUCAUGGCUGCCCUGUCAGUUCAUUGAUGAGCAUGUGUUUGUGAAUGAGGAGGGUCACACAGAGACUGAGCUCCUCCACAGAGAGGCUAUGCUGCAGUUUGGUCGAUUAGGAGACUCUCCUGUUAAUCCACAUGCAACCACUUUCCUGGUCACUGGAUCUAAAUUGGACCUGCGGAGGUACGUGCAGGGAGUGGAAGCAGAGCAGUUGGAGUGUGAGCUGCGUAGGUACAGCACAGACGGCAUCCAUGUUCGCUGGCCAGUCAAGGGGGCCAUGGAGUACAACCACUGGUUCAGCUGCACCGUCAGACACACAAAUGGCCUGUUCACAGUCACCAGCUUCCUCAGACACCCGUCUGACCAGACCCACCCAGGACAGCAGGACUACCGCAACUGGCCUGCCAUCGGUGACAGAGAGAUACUCAUCACGACAGUUGCCAUGGUCAUUAAAACACAAUCUGCAUCAAUAAGAGCAGGCCUGGGUUCCCAACAAAAGCUCCACUGCCAGUUUGAUGUUGACCACAAAGGACCAAACAUCACUUUGGAGUGGCACUGGCAGAAUCGUGGAGAGAGAAUCCGACUCUUCAGUCACAACAGCCGCUCAGGACAGAGCCAGGGGACCGGCGUGAGGCUGAAGAGCCUCACAGGCGGAGACGCUUCCUAUAGCCUCCCCUUCAUCAAGAUGAGCAGUGAAGGGACGUACAUUUGUUCAGUGUCAGUGAUCCCUCUGUUCGUCAGUCUGGAUAUUGGUCUGCAAAUCGAAGAGCCUCCCCGUGUCUCCCUCAACGUUGGACCCACUCUUUCACUGCAGGAGGGCGGGGAGCAGAAGGUUGCUUGUGAGGCAGAGAGUUACUACCCUCUGGAUGUGCAGAUAGUCUGGAAUGUGCAGGACCUGGCGGUGUCAGGCCAGAGGGUGGGCACUCCGCUCCCCAAGGUGCUCCAGAACAUCCUGCUGUCCAGCCACAAACACAACCAGGACAAAACCUACUCGCUGACGGCUUUCUUCUACCUCACGGUUUCACUCAAGGACUCAGGAAGGGAGUUCACAUGCAUCGUCUCCCAUCAGUCCCUGAGGAUGCCCAUCAGAAAGAGCUUCAUCCUGACUGUUGAGGAGCCAAUCAGCUGGAUGUUUUACCUCACUGUUGGCUUUGUGUUGGUCACACUGGUGCCCAUCCUGUGUGUGCUGCUGCGUUACCUGCACUCAGCAAGAAAACGAUCAGUGCAGAAGAAGCCAUACUGAGCAGCAGCCUUGGAAGAGUGAGCAGACCAACUGUUAACUCCAGUGACGGCAGAUGGUCCUCCCUCCAUUUUGUCUUAGACAAGGGGUUUUCAACGGGGGCGGUAGCGUUCAGAGACUGUUGGGGGGCACUGGAAGCAAUAUUUUUGAAAGGGGGUUUAUGUGUUUUUGGGGGGCGUUUGUUUUAUAGCAGGGGUGGGGAACCUCCGGCCCCCGGG